AUGCCAGAGUUUGUGGCGACAUCGAGCGUUGACACUUUGAACUUGGAAUUCGGAAAGAGCGGCGAGGUCACAGUAAAGGCCUCAAGGCCAGCACAAUUCCGCUGGACCAAAAAUGGCCAGUCCUUGACAUCCGACUAUACCAUCGACGGCGAUAAGACCUCAAGUACUGUUCGAAUCCCGCCUGCAAACCAAGAAACUGCAGGAGAAUACACAUGUGCUGCAACUGGUCCCGAUGGAAAGUCAGUUACAGUAUGCAUCACAGUGAAAGUUGGAGGGAAACCUAUUGUUGAACCAGAAGCUACCUCUGUAACAGUCAAAAUAGGGGAAAGCGCUGCACUUUACGCAGGAGUUCGAAGCGGUACACCAGUCAAGUGCGAGUGGACGAAGGACGGCAAAGCUAUAAAGUUGGAUGUUACACAGGCUGCCUCUUCGAAUGCUGACCGCUAA